AUGUCUCCUCCUGAUCCCCCGAAUAUUGCUCGACAUCGCACUCCGGCAUCCGACACGCGUCCCCAUGCAUCUAGAAACCCUUCGUCCUCUAUUCAGCAGGCCGAAUCGCUUAUCCUGCCAGACGGCCCAGUCAGUGAAGAGGCUGUGGAACUCCUCGACGAAUUUGUUCAUGGGACCCAUACAGGGGACUCUUUAACCGAUAUUGCGGAGAACGACCACCGCAAUGACCACCACAGUCAGCCGUGGUGGAAAACACCCUCUUCUUGGUGGCUUAUCGUGUUGCUGCCAUUUGGAGCCUUGGCUUCUACUGCCACCCUUGCACCUCGGAUUGAAAUACUCACCAUCCUAGCGUGCAGCGUUAUCAAGCCUGAAAUAUUCGAUGUCGGAAAAAACUCCAGCUCGCUGUCGCCUUUCAUUAGUCUGGUCCCACUUGUUAACUCCACUGGUCUCAAUUCCCUUGCAAGCCCCGGAUCAGGCAUUCCGCAGACGUGUGCUCAAGAUCCCGAUGUACAAGCAGCCGUUGCCCAACUAAGUGCAGUGCUGACGGCGACAAUGGGCGUCCUUAGUUGUCUAACAACUGCCUGGUGGGGCUCGUUCUCUGACCGUUAUGGUCGCACACGCGUUAUGGGCAUUUCCCUCCUGGGCUUACUGAUGAACGAUCUCAAUUUUAUCUUUGUUACGCGUUUCUUCCGUUAUGCUCCCGGCGGAUACUGGUUUCUCCUCGUUGGUCCCAUUAUUGAAGGCUCCGUUGGCGGUUUGGCAAGCUCCAUAGCUGCGAUGCAUGCCUACGUUGCCGAUACCACUACCUCACAUGGCCGGUCUCGCAUACUUUCUCUAUCCUUAGGCCUUAUGUUCACUGGAGUGGCAUUGGGACCGGCGUUAGGAAGUUUGCUUAUUCGAGCAACGCAUCACACUCUCUCAGUCUUCUACGCCGCCACCGUCGCGCAUUUGAUUUAUGCGUCAGUGGUUUGGUUUAUCGUCCCGGAAUCCUUGACAAAGCGCCAAAUGCAUGAAUUCAAAGUCAAGCACAUCGAAAACGAAGCGAUCUUCCGCGACAGAGACAGAUCUACUAAUUCGCUAGCCACGGAAACUGUCAUACAGAUUCGCAAUCUGUUCCGGUUCCUACGCCCACUGGCAAUAUUCUUCCCAACCAUGGUAGAGACGAAGCGGGGCCCCCGCCGGGAUUGGAGCCUGGCCUUAGUAGCUGCGUCGUAUGGUUUUACCAUCUCUAUCAUGGGCUCUUAUGUGUACAAGUUCCAAUACGCAGCAUCAGCGUUUGGUUGGUCUGCCGAGACGAUUGGCUACUGGAUCAGUCUUGUCGGCGCAGUCCGCGCAGCAUUCCUGGCCCUUAUCCUCCCUGUCAUUAUCCAGUUACUGAAGCCCAAGGCCACACCGGCGUCUGCAGAGACUGAACCCCUACUAUCUUCGUCUUCUGAGCCUAGUGGAUCGUCCCAAAGACCCUCCCCGACGUCGUCACCCCGCUCUUUACUUGAAAUCCACUCCCCUUCCUUUGACCUCAGCCUCGCCCGUGCCUCACUCCUCGUUGAAAUCGUUGCCUAUUCACUUAUGGCAAUGGCACAAGCACCUUUGCCGUUCACCAUCUUCGCAAUGCUCGGAUCGUUCGGCGCUGGCUUCUCUCCUGCCAUACAAAGUGCUGCUAUAGAACUCUACGUCCGGAGAGGUGGCCGGGAGAAUGGCAGACUGUACGGAGCUUUAAGCGUGGUACAAGCACUCUGUUCCCAGAUUCUUGGGCCUGCAAUCUUCGGUUUUACUUAUGUGCGAACAGUGGCGACAUAUCCUCGUGCCAUAUUCUUCCUGUCCGUGGCUGCGGUAUUCAGCGCCUUCGUCCUGCUGGGAUUUGUUAGAAUCCCCAAACAUGUGGAGAUGAUGCAGAGGGGAACGGUCAAUAUCCCAAGAAACCAUGAAAUAUCACUGCCCGUUUAA